UGUUGUUGACUCGGAACAGCUUCUGUAUGGCGUCAGACCGGAAGUCCACGUCAGUCCUGAGACAAGAACUGCAUUUUGACUGAAACCCAGACUGGACCUGUUUUAUUUAACGCCGUGUUAAACAAGAACUUUUCUUUUCUUCUGGAGUCCAAAUGGCGGACGAGGCCACGCGCAGGGCCGUGUCGCAGAUACCGUUGCUGAAGACGCAGGCCGGACCGCGAGACCGCACGCUGUGGCCGCAGCGGCUGAAGGAGGAGUACCAGGCUCUGAUCCAGUUCGUGGAGCAAAACAAGGCAGCUGAUAACGACUGGUUCCGUCUGGAGUCCAACGCGGACGGCACGCGAUGGACCGGUACUUGUUGGUUCAUCCACGAGCUGCUGCGCUACGAGUUCCGGCUGGAGUUCGACAUCCCGGUGACGUAUCCAAACACGGCGCCAGAGGUGGCGGUCCCGGAGUUGGACGGGAAGACCGCUAAGAUGUACCGCGGCGGGAAGAUCUGCCUUACCGAGCACUUCGCGCCGCUUUGGGCCCGGAACGCGCCGCGCUUUGGCCUAGCGCACCUGAUGGCUCUGGGACUUGGACCGUGGCUCGCCGUGGAGAUCCCGGACCUGAUCAGUAAGGGGCUCGUACUUCACAAGGAGCGGCAGCGCGAGGAGUCGGCGGAGUGACGUCCCUUGACGGAACAAUAAACUUACAAACUUGUGACAGAACUGUUUGUGUUUGGUUUAAAGUAAAACUGAAGAAAAAAUGUA